CUUACCUUCCGCUACCCGCUGCUACAGUUUCAGCCUCACCUUCUCCUCAAUGCCGACUGGAGCCUGUCGCGAUGAACCAGGUAGAGAAACCUCUCCCAGCCGUUCCGACACGCAGCACAGCGAUCUCGAGCACUCUGACCACUGAUGCGCGCGCUCACUUGCAACGCUUCAUCCUGCAUGCUCUCGAGGAAGAGAACGUCGCUACGGACCGCGAGAACUGGGCGAAUGCACUGCGGGGCGUAGCUCUGCAGCUAGGCCUGAACAUCUCUCGAGGUGGCUGGCUGGCCGGCUUCAAGCGGAUGAGGCGGAAGGCCUCGCAGCGGAGAAAGGAGGAGGAGGCCCGGCUGCAGCGCGAGAAGGUCGAGCGCGACAGGGCAAGGGAGCAGGAGGAGAGGGAAGCCAGGAAUAAGACCCUUCCGAAGACACCUAAGGCGAGAGAGGAGCAGGAUCAAUCGGCUUCGGACCCAGGUUCGUCUCGACAUGCUCGUUCUGUAGCCCUGCAGCAGCUGCAAGAAUUGGUCGCGACCCACACCAUGCCUCCUCGGCCACGACCCUCCACGAAGCAUCUUCUGCUCACUGUGGAAGCCUUCGGCGCUCCCCCGAAGCGGACGUCGGAGGAUUUGGAGUACGACAUAAUACCCUAUGGUGUAGGCUGUAUAUUUCUCGCCAAUACCUACGCACUUCCGGACGACGUCGACGGCCACGAGCACAUACUGUAUGGGUUAGCUGAAUGGGAUGUCGAGUUGUAUGAUGCGGCGGACAAGGACUGCAUCCAGAUCGUCGGCGGUACGUUCACGUUCAAGGGCGUGACAAAUGCGCAGCAACACGCCUCGCUCGUCAAGGUGCUCAGACUUUCUAUCUUCCUCUAUCUGUCGCUGCUGCUCGAACAACACUUGCUGUCGAACUCACAUGUCGAGCUACACUCCCACAAAUCCUUACUCCCUACGACCGUGAUAGGUACGGAAGGCGAGCCAUCGACGCCGACGGAAGACCGAAUACGGCCAAAGCGGGAGAGCACGCUCGCCGUAGCAGGUGGCAUUUGGUCAUUCUUCUCGAAGAAGACGGAGAACCUCGUCCACCGUGUCGCCUCAGUCGGACCGUCCGUCGUACGUCGCGGCUCGCUUGAGCUUCCUCUAACUCGCUCGUUAUCUACCCGCGGCUCCUUCGACGGCACCUCCCCGCGACCGCGCCGCUUCUCAUUCAUAUCGACGUCCUCCAGUGGGGCACUGCGCAGCGAUGCUGAUAGGACACGGCAGCAGCCAUUCUUGGACACUCUUCGGAAUGUGGAGGCACGUAAGGGUCUGCUGUCGACAUCCCCCGAUCUCGUCUUUCAGGCACCAAGUGUUCUGGUCAGCCUCGCCGACAAGGAGAAGGAGGAUCCACUGCGGAGGCUCAACGGCGAGGAACGGGCAGCACUGACUAGCCUCCUCGGAUGGGAAGGCAAAGACGCGCUCGGUCGCGGCAUGGUGGGUACGGCGGGGUUUGUGCGACAACAGGGCAUCUCGCUGCUGUACUCCGCUCAUGUGCCUCUGCCCUUGGUCUCGUCAAGCCAACCGCCUACUCCGUCAGGAUCAGUACCAACGUCAUCGGUCAUCACAGUACCCCAUCGGUUUACAUCGUGCGGGAAUCGCAGGAAGUGGACGACGUACCGGUACUACGAGCGUGGCGACAGACCGGACGAGACCCUGGGCGAGACGAUAGCCCGUCUCUGCUCGAUGGCGGAGGAGCAGUGCACUGAACCUGGCUGUCAGUUUCUCCGUGGCGACCAUGACUUACAAUGGAUCCACGCCGGCGUGCGGAUUGUUGCCACCAUAGGCCUCCCAGCAAAUGCCGAUGACAAGCCCAAGGAGGAUGCCAUCUCUAUCUGGCAGGCUUGUGCGGUUUGCGGAGAGGAGACGGCGAGACAGCAGAUGCACGAUGGUACAUACCUGUUCUCCUUCGGCAAGUACCUUGAGCUGCUCAUCUACUCCCCCGCCUUGUGCGGCGUGACACCGCGACUUUGUGCGCACACCGCUCUGCCACCCAAAUCGAAGGAUGCGCCGCUCCCGAGCACCCGUCUCAACAUCCUCCGCAAGUUCUCGUGCAGGUCGCGGACGGUGACGUUCUCCCUGACCACUGUCGAGGAUAUCUUCGAGCUGAAGGUGCCCCGAUUGCAAAUUAUACGGCGACGCCAGAGUGAGAAGGGCGCCGACAAGGAUACGGCAAGCGCACCGGCUUCGCCUAGCAAGGUCACCUCUAGCGAUGACGACAGGCAUAUCUUGAGGAAGGAGAUCAUGCGUUGGUGGCAAGGACUGGCCGAGCAUAUCGACAAGCUGGAAGAGAACUUCAUAGGCGAGGGCGAUACCGUGCGCGUGAAGGCACUUCCGAGAUUACCCUCAGAUGACGAUGCGUACGACGUGAUGGACGAGGCUGGCCAAGCGACACCCAAGGCUUCGUUGUCCCGACUGCCGUCUUCCGCCUCCACACCCACUGUCGCCGUCGCCCGAGAAGAUAGCAGCACUUCCACGGACAGCACGAUGUCGACUAAGACCAUCACUCCUGCGCAACCUUCGGCAGCGUCCUCAGACUCAGUUAUCACGACGUCGAGCAAGUCACAGUCAGUCCGGUCGGAAGGCGAUGAGAUGCAACUUCUCACUGGUCUCCGUCAUUCAUUCCAACGGCAGGAGCAGAACCUAUAUGCGGAGCUGUCCAGGACACCGACAACCUCCUUGAAUAAUGUACGUCGGUCGUUCCUAGCUGCCUCCAGAGGAGCAUCGCGAAGGCUAUCGGCGUGGGAGGCCAAACACUCCCCCAGUAUUCCGAAGCAAAUGAGGAGGAGACUGGGCUUGCCGUCUAUGGUGGAACCAGAGUGGUGGCAGAGUGGUUACCACGCUGUUCCUGGCGGGAAUGUGAUCGUGAAGGAGGACGACUGGGGAAGUAUCAUAGCGUUUACGCUCAGCUCCGCGGAUUAUCAGCGGGAACUUGCAAGUAUGUCUACGGUCACCCCACGCCCUGCGCUGCCCACGGCUCCUCCACCCACCCCAUUGGAAACUCGAUCAUCCUUCUUUGCACCUGGCUCCUCCUUGAAACGAUUCCUUGCCAGCACCACAUCGCUGCCAGACCCCGACCUGGACGACGCUGGAUGGCAUGAACCGGAAACGUAUUCGGCCGUGAUCUGUCGCAAAGAACACCCCAAGGACCCGACAGCAUUGCUCUCCAUCCGAGAUGUUCUACGACACAAACCUGGUAUGGAAAAUCCAGGCUCAUCGUCGCCUCGAGCUAGCUCGUCUUCGGGAACGAAGAGCCCAGCGGCGGCACGUGCAAAGCCCGCUGUCGAACUCUCUAUGCAGGCUGCCGAUGGCCAUGUCAGCGGGAUCAAUGAAGAUGUGGGCAAGCUGCUUCAUGAUUUGGAUGCGAAUACCAGUGUUGUGCAAACCUGGAGGACCUCCGGGUCCAGCGACUCAUCAGCCUCGGGCUUCGUUGAAACGAACAUCCGGAGGGGUAAAUCGGAUUCCAUCAUAUCGACGAGUAGCGAUGCCACUACCACAUCUACGGAAAGCGGCGGUGCUGGACGGAGCCUGUCUCCACCUCUCUUGCCCCCGAAAGACGCCUCUAUGUCUACUGAUUCACUGGCGAGGUUUAGAACGCAGGGUGAACCAUCAACGCCUGGAUCCACUCCUUCAUCUUUCAUCCCUUCAAUCACCAACACGCUGACGAGUGCCAUGAAGUAUAUGCUCAACACUGGGGACGCUCAUCGGUCUGCCCCUGCGGCGCCGCAUCAUGGGUUGCUAUCAACCGAUUCUCCUGCGAUCGACGAGCGGCCCCACAUCAAGUAUGACUGGACGAUCGGAAAGCGCCUCAAGUUCAGCUGCACGGUGUAUUACGCACGUCAGUUUGACUCGCUCAGACGACGAUGCGGUAUAGAGGACACGUUCUUGAAGAGCCUGAUGCGCAGCGCGAAUUGGGCUGCAGAUGGCGGCAAGAGCAAGUCCAAUUUCUGGAAGACCUCGGACGACCAGUUCAUUAUCAAGACGCUUGUCAACGCCUGGAAUGUCGCGGAUCUCCAAGUCCUGAUAGAUCUGGGACCAUCGUACUUCCGAUACAUGGACUCAACGGCUACCAAGCCAUCAGUUCUGGCGAAGUUGCUUGGAUUCUACACAAUUGAGAUCCGGAACCUCGAAACCGGGACAGUACAAGCAAGGGCUGAUUUGCUGGUUAUGGAGAACCUUUUCUAUGCCCAGAAGAUCAGCAAGACGUUCGAUCUUAAGGGUAUUCAAGGGCGUAAGGUCAAGGCGUCGAAUACGGCGUCAAAGACGCUGUUCGAUGGCGAGUGGAUAGAGGAUCAACGUAGAACAUUGACUUUGGUCCACCCACAUUCCAAGGUCCUCUUCCAGGAGGCUGUCAAGGCCGAUUGCGACUUCCUGGCAAGAACCAAUAUCAUGGACUAUUCGUUACUUCUCGGUAUUGACGAGGAGCGCAAACGGAUCGCAUGUGGUCUGGUAGAUACCAUAGGGAGCUACACUUUCGCGAAGACCCUGGAGUACAAAGCGAAGCAGAAUCUCAACGCCGGAAAGGAGGUUACCGUUGUUCCUCCACACGAAUAUCAAGAGCGCUUCGUUAAUGCCAUGGACGAGUAUUUUCUGGCUUGCCCAGACAAGUGGUCUCGACCGCUUGAUGAUACCAGAGUUCCCCAUAGUCAUCUAGACCUUCCAUCGGUCUUGUAAUUAACCCUCCUUGUAUGUAACUUGCUACUCUGCAUCCACUCAUAUGCCCGGGAAUGCCUGUCCAUGUAUCGUCAUUGUCCGCGUUCGUUGUACCACCUGCAUUUGUACGAGUACUCAAGCAUCGACAUCGCAUGGACUCAUUCUUUGACGCCCAUAUACCUCUGCCAUACCAAUUUGUGCGCGCCCCAUCGCAUUCCUGGUGGCCGUUUGCACAAUCCAUUGCGAUAGGAUUCACCACCUAGUAGGGC